UCUAUGUGUCCCCACUCCCUCCCUCCCCUUCCCCUCCUCCAGUUCUCCUUCAAGAAAGGACUCUCUCUCUCUCUCUCUCUCUCAGCACUGUUCUUCUCCUUCUUCUCUCCUGCGCACUGAUUCGCUUCCUCGUCCUCAAUCCAUUGGAAAUUUGGAAGUGCCUCUGACGUCCGCCGCUUCGAAAGACCUCCUUCGUCGACUCUGAAUUCCUGUUCGUCUUCGCCUCUUCGUUCGGUGAUUUGCUGAUCUGGAAUGGCAUCUAACACCAGGAUGACUCAUAAGAUCACAGAAGAAGAUACCCGAGGGAGGCGGAGCAGUGCAAGAUUAGCAAGUGCUUCAGUCUUGGCAGUGGCCGACUCAUCAGGGUUGAGAAGGUCCACGAGGGAGACAUUUUCAAAGAAAACAGUUACUCCAGAACAUCCAACCGCUCGCAAAUCUGAGCGGUUAGAGAAGCAGACUCCACCUCCUUCUUCACCUCCUUCAGUUACAAGGAGCUCAGUGAAGAAACGACUGGUACAACAAAGUCCAUUGAGGAGAUCUGAGAGGUGCAAAAAGCAGCGGCCCUCCUUGAGCUUGUCAGGAUCGAAGAGUUCUGGAAAAAACUCUGCAACCUCAGUAUCACAUACUGAGAAAAAGGACGAAGACAUGAAAGAGAACUCCAUGAAAAAGUUGUCUCAGAGAGCAAAAGAAGUAGUGAAAAUUGAGUCAGACGAGUCAGAGUCUACUCAGACAAAAAAAGAAAGGAUGGAUGCCCAUGCUUAUAGGGCACUGUUUCAGAAGCAAGAAAAGAAAGUUAAGCGAUCAGGAAAUGUACAUCAUUCAACCUUAAAAAUUGAUGUUGAUGGUCAAUCUCGAACGAUUGUCUUAGCGAUGGGCAACCCCAAGGCAUGCCCCAUUCAUUAUGAGGAGUUGUCUAGGUCAAGGAAUUUGUCUGCUCAAGACUGCGUUAAUUCUGGAAGUCAGAGUUCGAAGGAAUUUGAUGCAUUAGGAAAUUGCCAAGUGAAUUCUUCUCGGAUCAGGGAGAAGCUCAAUUCUGCUGAACAACUCGACAACCCUGAAAAUGAAUGUAAUUUGGAUUCAUCUGUCAGACACGAUGUGCAAUCAUUGCCAUCUCCCAGACAAGGACUUGUCGAUACAACUAAUGGUAUGACAAGGAUAGAGGAAAGUACGAUAAAAGAAGUAUUGCCUGGAAGGGUGGAUUCACCCAGAAAUGGAACUCCUCCCGGUGGUGAUAAUUGUGCGGAUGUUGGUCCAGAAGUAGUGCUUGAUGCAUCCACAGCUGUUAAUUGUAAAGAUAAUACAGCUACCCCUUCACGGUCUAGGUUGACGAAGAAUGUUUCUGUUGAGGAAAGUGGUCUGAAUUUGAAGAGAAAAAGUGGGGAGCUUGAAGGUGGUCUUAACUUAAAAGUUGGUAAAGAUGUCACAAAAAAUGAUCGACAAUCAGACCAUCAAUCAGAGGUUCGAGCCAAUGGUGACAAUAACAAUUGUUUCAUCUGCAAGCUUGGUGGAUUCCUCCUGUGCUGUGAUGGAAAGGACUGCGAAAGAAGCUUCCAUCUUUCAUGUUUGAUCCCUCCAUUGAAAGAUGUACCCCUUGGAAUUUGGUAUUGUCCUGCAUGUGUUAGGAAGAGGAUGGAGUUUGGCGUACAUUCAAUCUCUAAAGGAGUGGAGGCAAUUUUUGAUGUUAGAGAAGUGGAGGUAUCUGAUGCUAAUGGUUGGCAAGCGCAGAGGCAAUUCUUUGUCAAAUACAAAGGUCUUGCUCAUGUUCACAAUCGUUGGGUGCCGGAAGCUGAACUGCUUAUUGAAUCCCCAUCAGCAAUUGCCAGAUUUGAUAAAAGAAGCCAGUCAGUGAAGUGGAAACCACAGUGGGCUGUGCCACAUCGCUUGCUGGAGAAGCGCUUGGAAACUUUCAGACAGCGUGAUGAAGUGAGUACUGCUGAAAUAGCCAACUGCCGCUACCAGUGGCUCGUAAAAUGGUGGUGUCUUGGUUACGAGCAUGCUACAUGGGAAUUGGAAGACGAACCGUUUUUUAAUUCUUCUGAAGCUGAGAACCUGAUUAAAGAUUAUGAAGCUGAGCAUGACAGAACUGAGAGGCCUCCAGUUUUGGGAAUUGAUGAGCUUCAAGAGAGAAAAAACAAAUCAAUGAGUAAGCUGUCAAAACUUCCUGAUGGAAUUUCAUCUGGAUCAGAUGGCAACUGUUUAGAUGUUGUUAAUAGGCUUCGAGAAUUGUGGCUGAAAAGCCAUAAUGCUAUUAUUAUUGAUGAUCAGGAGUAUAUGUUGAAGGUGAUAUCAUUUAUUACAUCUCUGCAAUUGGAUGCCUGCCACCCUUUUCUCAUAAUUUCAAGUUCCAAUUCUCUAAAUUUGUGGGAUGUCGAGUUCUUUCGCUUAGCUCGAUCUACCAAUUUAGUUGUUUAUAAUGGGGACAAAGAGUUGCGUAAAAGCAUCAGAAACCUGGAGUUUCCUGAGAAAGGGGGUGCUACAAUGUUCCAAGUACUUAUAUCUGCUCCGAGAGCUGUUGCUGAGGACAUGGAUAUGCUGAAAAACAUAGAAUGGGAAGCAAUAAUAGUCGAUGAGUGUCAGCGUAGUGGAAUUGCUAGACAUUUUGAAGAAAUUAAGAUGCUAAAAACUGAGAUGCGGCUCCUUCUUUGUACAGGCCCUCUAAAGGAAACUUUCUCUGAGUAUUGUGGUUUGCUCUCCUUUCUUGAACAUGAGAGUGGCUGGAGAACUGGGAAUGGCGUUGGAGCCAGUUCUGAUGAUGCCAUGCUUAAACUGAAGGAGAGGCUGUCCCGCUUCAUUGUCUCCGGGAGCAAAGUUGAGUUUUCUAGGUUUCUGGAGUAUUGGGUUCCAGUGCAGUUAUCAAAUGUCCAGCUAGAACAAUAUUGUGCUACGCUUCUUUCAAACUCCCUUCCACUCCGUUCAUCUUCAAAGACAGAUCUAGUUGGUGCUCUACGUGAUAUACUUUAUGCUUCUCGGAAGUGUUGUGAUCAUCCUUACCUCGUGGAUGCGUCGCUUCAGAAGUUGCUUAUUAAAGACCUUCAAGUGUCUCAGUACUUGGAUGUUGGAAUACAAGCUAGCGGGAAGCUACAACUUCUGGACAAGUUGCUUUCUGAAUUGCAGAGUCGAGGUUUGAGGGUAAUCAUAAUGUUCCAGUCUAUUGGCAGCUCUGGAAGAGACUAUAUAUCAAUCGGUGAUAUACUGGACGACUUCUUGCGGCAAAGAUUUGGUCCAGAUUCUUAUGAGCGUAUUGAUGGGGAUGUUCCCCGUCAUAAGAAGGUAGCUGCUAUGAACAACUACAACAAGAAGGACUCGGGGAGGUUUGUAUUUUUGCUAGAAGCCCGGGCCUGUCUUCCGAGCAUCAAACUGCUGUCAGUUGACUCGAUCAUUGUAUUUGGGAGUGAUUGGAACCCUGCAAAUGAUAUACGAAACUUGCAGAAAGUACAAUUGGAAUCCCAGUUUGAACAGAUUAAAUUAUUUCGCUUUUACACAAGUUGCACUGUCGAAGAAAAGGUGUUAAUAAACGCCAAAAAUGGUGACUGUGGAAUGAUACAGACUGUAAAUCCUAUCAUUGGCCACUCUUUGCUCAUGUGGGGAGCAAAGCACCUCUUUGAUAAAUUGAAAGAAUUUCAUCUAGGCCAUAGACCAUCUUCCUGCACAUUAGCUGAUCAGUAUCACCCCGAGAAAGUUCUGCAGGAGCUUCUAUCUAUCCUACCAGUGAAUGAUGAAAACAGAAGCAGAACUCAGAGCAGCUCUCUUUUCCUCGUUUCAAGAGCCCAGCAGGGUUCACAAACUUACUACAGCAAGGAAAUAGCAUUGCUUGGUGAGUCAAAAAUCCAGUGUCCUGGUGAAGAGUUGCCCCACCUGUUCUGGACUCAGUUGCUGGAGGGAAAAACUCCUGCUUGGAAAUAUUCUUCCGUCUCACAGCAGAGGAACCGGAAAAGAGUUCAAAUGAAUGGAAGUAAAUAUGCCGAGCAAGAGAACAGCGAUGAGGUCGUGAAGAAGCGCAGGAAGUUAUGUGAGAACAAUGUUGAUGUAUCCUCUAAGAAACAAGGGAAAGACGAUGGGAAAUCAGCUAGUGCUGAAAAGGAAGCAGCUUCUGGCCCUGUUCAGUUAUCUUCUCAGGGAAUGGGUGUUGCAGUCGCACCUGAGGGUAAUAUAGAUGGAUCUGAUGAAAGAAGAACACUUCGCAAUGCACAGAGGAGUCUCCAUCUCAUUCUGAAGCCACAAAUUUCGAAACUUUGCGAAGCUUUAAGUUUGGAGGGUGAAGUCAAGAUUAUGGUCUACACCUUUCUCGAUUAUGUCAUUAAUAACCGUGUUGUCAAUCAGGAACCUGCCACAAUUUUACAGGCCUUCCAGUUAGCUUUGUGCUGGACUGCCUCCUCCUUGGUGAAGGUGAAAAUUGAUCACAAGGAAUCUCUUGCCCUUGCAAAAGAGCAUUUAAAUUACGGUUGCAGCAAAGAUGAGGCAGAAGGUGUAUACACCAUCUUACGAGGUCUGAAGAAACCAUUCCUUCGCCACAUAGAGAAUUCAGUGGCAGUAGAUGCCUCUAAAGCUCCUGAGAAAGUGAAUGAAAUCCCGAUGGAGCACUCGAAUACAAACUCGUCUCAACAUGCAGUAGUUUACCCCAAUAAUGUGAAAGUAGAGAUUGAAGACUGGCCUCUGAAUCAGGAAACCCCGGAUAAGGAUGUAAUUUCAAGUCCUACAUUGGCAGAGAAAGAUAUCUCUAUGAGUAUUCAGCAAAUUCAGGGGGAGCUCUCAGACCAGAUGGCAGAGCUUCUCAGGGAGCAAGAGGAAGAAAGGAAUCUUAUUUUUAGGAGUUUCAAUAAAGAAAAGGGAGCUCUGGAGGGUCAGCAGAGGGUUGAGGCCUACAUUAUAACACAGCUACAUCGCGAUGGUCCUCUAAGAGUAGAAAAGCUCAAGGCACUGGAAACCGAGUAUGCAAGAAAGAUUAAUGAAUGUGAGAAUCAGAUGAACUUACGGCUUAAACAGCUUGAAGAGGCCCAGCUUGCUGCAAGAAAUAAAAUUAAGCAGAAGCAAGCCUCUUCAGUUGAUGGAAUUAGGCACCAGGAUCAGAUUGGUUCUGUAGAUUCUGUGUCCGAAGCUGGGAAUCAGGUUGAAAUUCUUCAGACAAAUGAUGAAGAAGCUCAACAAACAGUUCCUAUUGAAGCUGCUGCAGUCUUUGAAGAAGCACCUCUUCCUAUUACACGUGUCGAGACAGCUAAUGAGAAUGAAGAUUUAGGAAAGAGUACAGCUCUUGAGCAUUGUGCUAGGGCUGGAAGUUUGGAACAAGAUCGUGGACAUGCUGUUUCUAUGAAUCCUUUAUUGGAAGAGGAUGUUACUAAUGGAGCAGUUACAGCACUGCCACGAUAUGAGCGUACACAGGGAUUAAAUGCUAAGGGAACUUCAACUGUACAGAAUGGAGAGGUUCCUUUGGGCAUUUGUGAAGAUGCCGAAAAUGUUCCUGAUCGUACCACCUCUCUAAUUCCUCAGUCUGACGAUGUCGUCUCUGUAACUCCUCAGUCUGAGGAUUUGGUCCCUCAAAAAGAAGCGUCUACCAUGCCCAAUGGAGAUGUUUCAGAUGUUCCUGCAGAAGGGUCUGCCCCCGAGGCGCCUGGAGUUGUUGCUGACGGAGUGGAGACUGCCCCGGCAGAUGAUUGCAAGGAAGCAGAAAGUACCUCUCAGAGUGUGCUGCAGCCGCCUUUAGCAGCAGAACUACCUGAUGGGUCUGCCCCCCAGGACCCUGGAGUUGUUGCUGAUGGAGUGGAGAUUGCCCCUGCAGAUGAUCGCAAUGAAGCAGAAGGUAUCUCUCCAACUCUGCUGCAGCUGCCUUUAGCAGCAGAACAAGUUCCUGAUGGGUCUGCCUCUGAGGCCCCUGGAGGAGUUACUAAUGGAGUGGAGACUGCCUCUGAGGAUGACUGCAAUGAAGCAGAGACUACCUCUCCGGAUCGUGACGCUGGAAUUUCUCCUGUGUUAACAGAUAAUGUUAUAUCAGUAGACUGUCAGGAUAUAUCAGGACGGCUUGUGGGUCCCCUUUCUCAGGGUGCGACUAUGCCAUUAAAUCAGAGCUUAACCAAUGGGGAACCUACCAUGCCCCAUGGAUUGCACGAAGAAAAUGCUUCGCAGCAGAUCAAUGAUAUGCUUCCUAAUCCCAGCACUGCUCAACCAUCUGAUCCGCCCCACACUGAAGCAGCAGGCACAGAGGCGGCCGUGCAGGUCCCUAGUCGAUCGCCAAAUUUGCAAGCUGCUGAUGUAAUGCCACGUGUGAACAGCAGUGAAGUGGGGUUAAAUGCUCGGGAUGCUCUAAAUCAAAAUGUCUCACAACCGUCAAUGCCCUCUGCCCUACAAAUGGCAACUGCACCUCUUGUUCCACUGGAGUUUGGCUCUCAUAGUACACAACCUUCUCUCUCGGGGGCCACCAGGAUGGCUCUCCCAAGGUGUCCUGACCCACUUCAGAACGAGUUGGAGAGAUUACGGCUAGAAUCAGAUCUCACCGCCAAGAUUCACGAAGACACUAAGUUGAAGUUGAAAGCUGACUGUGAGAAGGAGAUUGAAGUGGCGAUUGCUCAGAUUCGAAUGAAGUACGAAGAGAAGAUUCAGCAGAAAGAAGCGGAGUAUCUGUUGAAGAAGAAUGAAUUGCAGGAGUAUCAGAACAAGGUUUUGAUGAAUAAGAUUCUUGCUGAAGCCUUUCGUUCCAAGUGCUCAGAUCUCAGGGCUUCUGGUUCUCUCACUGUUCAGCAAGAAGCAGUGGCAACUUAUGCACAGCAGAUGCUGUCUUUGCCUCCACAGCAGAACCCACAAGCCUCGCCCUCAUUCAUUCCCAGACCCUCCUCUCCUGCACUUCCUCAGAACAUGCGCACACCAACCUCGCAUGCAAUCAACCCGCGAGGCCUUCAGCCCAUGAGCCCGGCCCCGCCUGUGCGUGCAUCAAGACCACCUGUCAUUGGCCAAUUUCCUUCUCCAGGAAACAUUCAAGUUCCACGUGAGGUACGAGCCCCAGCUCCUCACCUUCAGCCCUUGAGAACUUCCUCACCGGCCAUUGCCCAUGGAGCAACCCCUACCCCGCCACCAGGCUACCCAUCAACCCCCAUGUCUAACUUAACUCCUCGAACGGCCCAGACCGGCGGGGCCCAACGACCUGAUUACACAAUCGGGCCCAUGGCCACCAUUAACUCUCGUGGGUUCCAGACCGAGCUGCUCAGGGACAUUGUAAGUUGGGCUGCUGCCAAUCAGCAGCCCAACAACUUCCGAAUGCCACCAGUGAACGUAACUAUCCCGGCAACUAUCCCAACAACUAUCCCGGGGAGUUCUCCUGAGGUUCGGCCUCCAAGCAGGGGGAAUAACAACACUACUGAAGUCGUUUGCUUAUCAGAUGAUGACUAAGUCUAACCGAAUCCAUUAUUUAGCCUCUUUCUUCUUAGGUUUUAGUGGAUCAGGGGACAUGUUGGAGCGUCGGAGUCGUGGAAUGUCUGUCGAUUUUGGGGCAAACUUCCCACUGUAAAUUACAUUAGGUAUAUGAUUGUGGUGAUUCUCUCUGGGGCUAUUUGUAUAGAUUGUAGAAAACUAGAAAGUUCAGUCAUGUUAUCAUCAUCAAUUUUUUGUGUCUCGGAGGGGGAAAAUAGAAGCUACUCAUCUAGAGCUAUAUUAUACAUGCUUCAUUCAGUCGCUUGUUUCGAGGAUUCGAUUCGUUUAUCUUUUAUUCUUAAUUUCAAUCCGUUCCUCAGUUUUGUGGCGGUCGAA